AUGCCCGCCGCCGGCUCCGAGCCACUACUGCAGCCGCUGACUGCUGCGUCGCAGCCCCACGGCGAGCUGCAGUACCUGGGCCAGAUCGAACACAUCCUCCGCUGCGGCGUCAGGAAGGAGGACCGCACCGGCACCGGCACCCUGUCGGUGUUUGGUAUGCAGGCGCGCUACAGCCUGAGAGAUACAUUUCCUCUGCUGACAACCAAGCGUGUGUUCUGGAAGGGCGUUUUGGAGGAGUUGCUGUGGUUUAUCAAGGGAUCCACCAAUGCUAAAGAAUUGUCUUCCAAGGGAGUGAAGAUCUGGGAUGCCAAUGGGUCCCGAGACUUUUUGGACAGCCUGGGAUUCUCCACCCGAGAAGUAGGAGAUUUAGGCCCAGUUUAUGGCUUUCAGUGGAGGCAUUUUGGGGCAGAAUAUAAAGAUAUUAAUUCAGAUUACUCAGGUCAAGGAGUAGACCAGCUGCAAAAGGUUAUUGACACAAUCAAAACCAACCCUGAUGACAGAAGAAUCAUCAUGUGUGCUUGGAAUCCAAAAGACCUUCCUCAGAUGGCACUGCCUCCCUGCCAUGCCCUUUGCCAGUUCUAUGUGGUGAACGGUGAGCUGUCCUGCCAGCUGUACCAGAGGUCAGGAGAUAUGGGCCUGGGGGUGCCUUUCAACAUCGCCAGCUACGCCCUGCUCACCUACAUGAUCGCACACAUCACAGGCCUGAAGCCAGGUGACUUUGUACAUACUUUGGGAGAUGCACAUAUUUACCUGAAUCACAUUGAGCCCCUGAAAGUUCAGCUCCAGCGAGAACCAAGACCUUUCCCCAAGCUCAACAUUCUUCGAAAAGUUGAGACAAUUGAUGAUUUCAAAGCUGAAGACUUCCAGAUUGAAGGAUACAAUCCUCAUCCGACUAUUAAAAUGGAAAUGGCUGUCUAGAAUGCUUUGGGAGUUGUUUCAAGCAUGUUGUAACCCUGUAUAGGUUGGACUGGAUGCCCAGGUGAAAAAGUUUUUUGUUCUAAAGGAAAAACGAAAAUGAACUAGGUCAAAACCCUGUUGGUUACCUAUCAGUUACUUUUCAUUAAAAACUACUUCCUUUUAAGCAUGUUGCCAAUGACAAAUAUAACAAUGCUGGUUCUUUUAGUAAUAAAA